UUAAACUUCCGCCGAUUGUACUGAAUAACUUUCAAAUGUAGACAUUAAAAUAAAUUAAUAAAAUAAUUAUUUUUAUUAUGCUGUAUUAGGUAUCAAAAUACAGAAUCACAAACGUCAAAUACACAAUGGAUCUAUCUGACGAAGAUGAUAACCCUUAUGAUUUCGUCGCACAAUAUCGAAAACUUGAAAAGGAAAGGAAAAAUAAAGUAAAUGAGCCUCCUACAGAUAAUAAACAAGUGCCAGUCAUCUCUAGCACUAAAAUAAAUACAGAAACUUCUGUUAAUUCAACACAAGAUCCUUCUAAAAAUGUACAGUGUCAACAGUCUAAAAAAUCAACCAAGUCAGAUGUUAAUACUACUGUUGAUUUAAUACCAAGUAGUUCUGGCCAGCCUAAUACUCAAUGUGGUUCUCGCCGGUCAAAAAGAUUAAGAUCAAGUAGUGUACCUGAAAAAGUAAUCGGACCAGUAAUAUGCAUUGGAGAUUUUUAUGAUGGUUAUGAUAUGCCAGCACCAAAAAUUUUUAAUAAUGUAAACAUAGAAGAUACAGAUGAUAUAUUUGCUAAUUGGCAAAAGAGAGAGAUAGAAGAAGCAGAAUUGGAAGAUGCCUUAGCUCAAGCAAAUCGUGUUAUGAAUGUUAAAGUCUAUUGGCGACAAAUGCGCACGUAUACAUUUCCUCUUAGAAUGUUUCAGUCAAUUUCAAGCAUUUACGAACAUUUUGCAAAGCUAGAAGAUAUAGAUCUUUCACAUGUUCGUUUGGAUCUACACAAAAAAAUGCUGUCACCAAAAGAUACACCAGAUUCAAUAAACUAUAAAAUAGUAGAUUUCAUUGAUGGUGAUAUAGAAUUUUAUAGGAGUCCUUAUGAUACACCGGAUGUUCCAGAAGUUAAAGAACAACCGCAAGAUGAAAUGGUUACAUAUCAAAUUAAGCAAAAAGAUGUAAAAAAACCAAUUGUUUUAGAAAUGAGGAAAACUGAUAAAAUGCUAAUUAUGUAUAUUAAACUAAAAGAAUUAUUAGGAUUUGAGUUAGACACAUUUACAUUAGAGUUUGAUGGUGAUAAAAUAAAGUAUAUGGACACGAUGGAAAGCUUGGAUUUAGAAGGAAAUGAAUGCAUUUUACUCUACCAGAAAAAAUCAAUAUAAAAAUUAUAUUGUUAUAUUAAACAUGUAAAGACAGAUUUUUUUUACUAAAUAUAUGUUCUAUGAUUGUAUAAUUAUUAUUAAUAUUUUGCUCAAUGCGUGAGCUAUUCAUUCA